UACUAUAAAAAUGCCACCUGAUACUAUAUGGGUUCCUUUCCCUCAUUCUCCUUCUCUCCCUAAAAAGACUUCCCCCAAAUCUAAUACUUUUAUUUCCCCCACUAUGCUUUCUACCAAGCAAAGCCUCACAGUUAGACCACUGAUCCCACCAUUCACAAAAAUUUCUUUUUCGGGAACUCUCUCCACAUCUCCCACUAGAAAGCCUCUCUCUGAAACUUCUACCACAUCUAAUACUGAAACUUCUGUGUCUUCCACCAGUGUUACCACUACACUUUCCUUUUCGGAGUCUCUUGCUCAACCUACCAUGCCAACUUUUCCUUCCAUAGCUUCUAGUAAAUCUGUCACUACUUCCACACCUGCAACAAAAUCUGUCACUAAUGCUGCUUUCUCAAUUAAAUCUGAUGCUGGAUAUCUUAGCAAGCCUAUUACAAUAAUUUCUCCUUCUAUAGGAUUCACUAAACAUUCUGCAGUUUCUUCUUCUGAGCUUCCCCCCAAACCUCCAAUAGCAAUUCCCCCCUCUGAGACUACCACCAAAUCUGUUGUACAAGUUUACCCUGCUACAUAUUCAACCCAACCUAUUUCUGGUAACAAAAAUGUUACUACAGCACCUAUUCUUCCCCUUACUCCUUUCACAAUAACUUUGACCCCUACUGUUAGUCCUGUCAACCAUUCUGUCUCAGCUUCUCAUCCUCAUUCUACUGCUGAUGGCCAUGGUAGCCUGCCUAAUGGGAGCACAGGAAAGAUACUGUCAGCUACCACAUACAUGACUUCUGUAUAUACCACCAUUAAUAUCACCACAGCUGAGCAAGUCUUAUCCAAAAUUGAAAAUGACUUAGCAGCUGGAAAAGUAGAACCAAAAGAUGUAGAAAGGAUGGUUAGUGAGGUUAGCAAAGUCCUGACUGCUUCUCAACCAUUACCACCCCGAAUUUCGAACAGAAUUAUAAAACUGGUGGAUUACAUUGGCUUAAAACUGAACUUUUCAGCAACGUCUGCUGAUUUUGCCUCCCCUUCCUUGGCUCUGGCAGUUGUCAAAACCAAUAGCAUCCACUCCAACCAAAUGUCUUUUGCUGUCCAGGACUCAGCUGAUCUCCAG